AUGGAAAUAAACACCACGGGGGACAGCCUUGGGGGUGAUACUCGGUACGACCGAGAGUUUGGUGAGCACUUAGAUUUCUUUAGCACUCAGGAAAACAGUGUUGGAAAUAGACAGUGCGCGUACAACAAAUGCGAGAGAAACUCCACCCAGCGGGAACAUCUUCAGACUCCCCCGGCUUCCCGAGAAGGGGAGAUGUUUCCAGGCCCCACAUGUGAGAAGAGUCUCAACGAAAGGGUGUUCCCUCUGCUGCACUCGCAGCCGUGUGCUCCGGGUGAGCAAGACGUGGGGCAGGGGGCUGCUCCUGCCUCCUGCGAGGGGCUGCCCGCAGGGCCGCAGCUGCCAGCCCACACUGAGCGCGGACAAAACCCUGCGGGUGGAACCAGGCUUCGUGACCACAACGGCCUUGGCGGAGAGGAGCAGCCGUCUGCGGAAAGCGAGGAGAACUUCCCCGCAGAAAACCUGUUAGCCAGCCCCUGCUGGGAUCACCCGCAGGACAAGUUGGAGGCCUGCACCAGGUGCAGGCAGCACUUCACGCCCAGGGGCAGCCCGGCAAGCCAGCAGCAGAGCCAGGGCCGGGGCAAGUCCUACAUUUGCAGCGACUGUGGGAAAAGCUUCGUUUGCCAUUCGUGGCUCGUUAGACACCAGAUGACUCAUACGGGAGAGAGGCCGUACAAGUGCUCCGAGUGUGACAAAAGCUACCGGAGAAAGGAUUACCUUCUAAACCACCAGCGCCGGCACUCGGGAGAGGGGCUCUUCCAGUGCCCCCUCUGCAGGAAAAG